UGAUGGCAGAGAAAACUCUACAGGAUCUAGAGCGAUUGACUGAGAUUAUCUUGGUAACAACAUUGGUGAACAUAUUCUGUUUGGAAUGAAUGAAACUCUUGUCCUUUCCUAUUUGUUCAUGUGAAAAUAAAGUUUGGUAUUUGUGAAAUCGCUAAAUUAUAUCAGACACAAAGUUGUAAACACAGAGAUAUCCUGGGAUAGAGAUGGCAGAGAAAAUUCUACAGGAACUUGAAAGCGCCUCACAGAUAGCUCUGGCACCACCUGAUAUUGUGACAUCAGAACAGCGCCACGCUGCCGAGGCUGUUAUUCUUGAAUUCCGUAAAACCAAGCUUCCCUACAACCUAUGCAAGUUCAUCCUAGAGAACAGUAAGUGUGACUAUGUCUUGUUCCAAGCAGCUACAACCAUCAAAGAGAGUGUGAUCAGAGAAUGGACACUGCUGGAAGCCAUGGAUAUAGAAUCACUUAGAUCAUUUCUUCUUAGAUUUAUCACACAACAUAUCACGUUGAAGAGCUAUGUGAGAGAACAGAUACUACAGACUGUUGCCGUUAUUCUGAAGCGAGGAGAGGUGGAUGUUAAAGGGGCAAGCAGAGACAACAUGUUCCAGGACAUUACCAAUCUAGUCAGCAGUGGAAAUGUUACUAUGCAACUAGUGGCUUGUUCUAUGUUGACGGCUCUUCUCAAUGAGUUUUCUAGUUCCAGCAGAACCAGCAAUGUGGGAUUUACCUGGGAAUUUCAUUCUAAGUGCAAGAAGGCGUUUGAGGAGAAUGACUUGAAGAGAGUGUUUCUGUUUGCCCUGCAAGUUUUGUAUGAGAUUGAGAGACAACCUAGUCCUUUGAGUCGUGAGACAACAGCCGUAUUGAACCGUCUCCUAUCAAUCACAGAUAGUGUUCUAUGCUGGGAGUUCACUCCAAAGCUCAGUUAUAGGCGGCAUGUCGGGUCCUUUGAAAUGAAUGAAAAUGUAUCACUUAAACCGGACGAGUCCUGGAGAACCACAUUACUGGACAAAAACAUGCUGCAGUUGUUCUUUAAUAUCCACAAAAAAGUCCGUCAUAACUCAGAUAUGUCCCAUCAUUCCAUAACCUGUCUAUCUCAGCUGGCCUCACUUAAUGGGAUCAUUUUCCCAGAUGACAAGGCUCGACUGGAAUACCUUACAGCAUACAUCAGUGGCUUUCUAGAGCUCUUGUCCUGUAUUGACCUACAGGAUUAUGAAAACCUGGGUGUGGCCAGUACCUUUAAGAACCUCAUUCUGAUGUUUCCCAUUUCCCUCCUGGAGGCCCUCCCACGGGAACUACUGACCUCCUUCAUCAAUCACAUGACCCGCCUCACAUGUGAUGUCGGGAAAAACGCUGCUAUGGAGGAGGCGCUGCACAAGGAUGACACAAUCUACAUGGAGGCCUAUGAGAAGAUGCUGGAGACCUGGAUGGACCUGGUCACUAACAUGAAGGACCUCCCUAUGGAAGUAUUGUACCCCCAGUCCCAGGAAGUCUUCAACAUCUACGUACAGUGUCACAUCAGUGCCCCAGAGGGAACCAGAAUACAGAAUGGGAUGGAUGCUUACACUGAUGCUGAUGAAGUCGAUGAGAUCGAAGAGGAUGACAGAGAGAGAUUUGCUGAUCAGCUGUCUAGUAUAGGAAUUCUGGGAAGGCUUGCACCAGAACAUUGUGUUCCACUACUAGCAAAAAUCCUUGAGAACAGGGUCAGUAGAUUACAUGGACACCUCCAUAGGUUACAACAGCAGUCAGCCGCCACCCAGAACUGUCUUCUAGAUGCCUCCCAUCUCAACUCGCUGUAUGAGGAUCUACACUGGAUUGUUCUUAUCUCGACCCAUGUAUUGACGGAGGAGUGUGAAGGAGAAACUCCCAUGAUUCCCUCUGAUAUUAUGGAGUACUCGAUUUGCCAAACCAAGAAAACAGAUCUGUCCACCACAAUGAAGGUAUUGGCUUCCCCUGGUCAGUCUAUUGAGAGCAUUCCAGGGAGUGACAUCUCCACAGAUCCAGUGAUUAGGUUGAUAUCGGCAGUAUUCCGCUUGUGUGAGGUGGAGAAACAAGCCAUUAAUGCCAAAAUGAGUCAUGUCCUUAGUCCCCAGGUAGGAAGUUCUGUCAUGUGUUUCCUCAGGAGGUGGGCCAGGGCUUAUCUACUGCCAGACGAGACCUACUACACAAAUGUAAGCCCUGCCUUGUUUUCAGCCUUUGGGAGGGACACAGAUGGUGCUCAAUGGACUGUGUCAUUUUUGUUGGACAAGAUAAUCUCCAACAUAGCUAUCUGGACAGCAGAAGAGGCGUUAGUGGAGGACACACUUCAGUUCCUUGUGUCAUUAGUAGAACAACGACAAAAAGCUAGAUAUCUAACAAAAUGUGAACUCUUAUGGAACAUUGCCAAACAAGAAGCCAAUCACCAGCCUCCUCUUAGUCUGCUGCCAUCUAAACCCAGACGUAGUUUGUUAAAAGCUCUAGUAUUGGCUGGAUCUGGAGUAGAAGAAGACACUCUUAGGGAAGGCUACUGGAAUUGUGUUCUGAAGUCCCUUCAUGACAGAUUUCACCACCUCUUAUCUCAGGAAAAUUUCGCCAGGGUGGCCCAAGUAGUAGGUGUGAAAACAGCCUUGAUCACUAUGUUGGAGUCCCUGUGUGGGGUUGCUGAAGGGACUCGUAUUGACAAUCUACAACGACUUUUCACAUUUUUCUUACCCAUCUUGCAGGAGUGUGUCAGAAUUCUAGAUACAUAUCACAACUGUGAGGAUGUAGUGCCUUUAGUGAUUGAGUUGUUCAAUGAAGUUGUCAACAAACAGCUGUGUUAUCUAGGGGAGUCUGACUCCAGAAAACUGUAUGAGUUGUGUUUGACAGCAAUACAAAUGUAUUCCAAACACAAUGCAGGUCGUCGUACUGUGAGCGAUGAGGAAGAAGAAGAUAGGUACAAUGAUAUUCUCCUUACAAUGGAACUAUUGACCAACCUUCUGUCCAAAGACUUCAUCGACUUCAGUGACCCAGCAGAGGAAGUGUUCCCUCAGAACGGAGAACAAGUCUCAGCAGCAGACGUCGUGUUGUUUGGUCUGAACACAAUCAUUCCAUUGAUGAAUGAGGAUUUACUAGCAUUCCCGACUCUGUGUGCACAGUAUUUUAAACUGGUGACCUUCCUAGCUGAGAUUCACCCUGAUAAGUUUUCCUCCCUACCAGAGAACCUGUUAAACAGUCUGAUGGCCUCAGUAGAAUUAGGACUGUCAAGAUAUGGCUCAGACAUCAGUAGAAUGAGUUUAGAGAUCAUCACAUCUUUAGCAUCUCAUGUGUUUCAAACCAACCAAUCAGAAUCCAUCUUAAAUUCUCACCUGGCAAACUUUCUCAAACAAGUGUUUAACAUGCUGCUGUUGGAGACGUUUAACAUGGAGUUACUAGAGGUGUCCAGCACCGCUCUUUUUUGUCUGAUCUGUUGUCAUCAGGAUGGAUACCGUGAACUUGUGAAUCAGCUGUUACAGCAUCAGACUGACCCUCAGUACCGAGAGCGACUCCUGGAGGCAUUCACCAACCUCACCCCACCUUCCCUCAAUAUGACCAUCAAUAGAACCAGCAAAAUAGCCUUCAUGAGCAACUUUGGCAAUUUCCUCAUCAAUGUGAGAGGAUUCCUCUGUGUUAAAUAACAAGUCAUCAUAGAUUCUUUAUCCAAUACUUUAGUUACAGGCUGUAAAUCUGCAGUGAUACAAGAAUACAGGAAAACCUCCUCUUUCCUAUUAUGUUUGGUAGUCAAGGCAUAAAUGUUUUUAGGGACCUAAGUGGUGUGAUCAGGUUUUCAUCUAAUCAACUGCAAAGCAUCAUGGGUGCAGGCAUUUGUUCCAAUCAUGGAGCAUGGUCAUGCAACUGUUAUGUUAUCCCAGUAUUUCAUUCAGGCAUUUUUACCCAUCUUGAUGAUGUCUUUCAAUGAUCAAGUAUACACCAGAUUUUUUUUGUAUCAUGAAAAAUUUUUAUCUCUUAAAUGUUGUUGUGAAAUGAUGCUUACCAUGACCUAUCUAUACAUUUUAUAAACAACCAAUAUGACCCAAGAACUAUGCAUUCUAAAGUGCUACAUAUCAAAUGGUGCAAAAUCUUCUUAAGAAGUUGAAACCAAAUUUCAACAUCGACUGUUUUAUUUACGGUACAGUUUGAUAUAAACAUACAAGGGGAUAUUCUUUGCACAGUCACUCUUUGUAUCAUUUAUUUGCAAUUCUUUUGUGUUCAAGAAAUUUAUAUUAAGACUCAAAGGAUUGGACGGAGCACUAGAAACAGUGCACAGGUCCAGUCAUGUAUUACAAUAUUCACUAGCUCUUACUUCAAAGUUUAUUCCUUAAAAAUGAGAUUUAUCUUUAUUAAACCUAUAAACAUAUUCUGUUUAUUUUACUUGUAUGCUGUAAAAUUAUUUAAUUUUCUGGUCUUAAGUUUGUAAUCUAUUUAUGAAUUCUCUUGAGCUCAAGGUUCAAUUGAGCUUUUCUGAUGAAUGUUUGUCUGGCUUUUGUUAUCCUAUUUUCAUCUCCCUCUAGUACCACUGGGUCAAUUCUCCCUCGAGUACAUAUACCUAUGGGUCGAUUCUCCCUCUGGUACCACUGGGUCAAUUCUCCCUCUAGUACCACUGGGUCAGUUCUCCCUCAAGUACCACUGGGUCAAUUCUCCCUCUAGUACCACUGGGUCAAUUCUCCCUCUAGUACCACUGGGUCAGUUCUCCCUCAAGUACCACUGGGUCAAUUCUCCCUCUAGUACCACUGGGUCAAUUCUUCCUCUAGUACCACUGGGUCAGUUCUCCCUCUAGUACCACUGGGUCAAUUCUCCCUCUAGUACCACUGGGUCAAUUCUCCCUCUAGUACCACUGGGUCAGUUCUCCCUCUAGUACCACUGGGUCAGUUCUCCCUCUAGUACCACUGGGUCAAUUCCAACCAUACUUUCUCUAAAGCAUUUUUGGAAUAAGGGAAAUUAAAUCUGUUCACAUGAAGGACUGAUUUCUCAAAGGAAAGAUAAUCAAUAAAUGGUAAAAGUACACUAGUAAGUGAUGGUCUAAAAAGGAUUUCUCAAAAACAGCAAAAUGUGAAAACUUUCCAAAUGGUGUAGACUCAAAUUUGGACAAUUCAUGGCAUUCAGACUCAGGUAGGGCCAUAUUGAGCAGGUUGACUUUUUUCAGAAAAAUAUGUAGGAAAAUUUAUAAAAUUCUGUUUCUAAAAGACAGCAGAACCAAAUUUAUUUAUAUUUAUAUGGAAACAUCCUCGAGUAGUUCAACUUCAAAUCUUUUAAAAUUCUUGCCCUGCAUGGCUAGAGUGGGGCAAAUUUAGGGCUCAAUGUUUUUUUAUGAAUUGAUUUUGAUCUCUACAGUUAAUAGUUUUAUUAAUCUACACAUUCUUUGAUCAGAAAGGCAAAGGUUUCUCAGGUGAGUGUAGUGGCCAAAGGGCUUCUUGCUUUUUAGAAAUGUGUCACUUUUUUUACAAUUCCAUUAGGCAUAGCUUAAACUAUUUUAAGUUGAAAUUAUCAUUUCUAUGUCUACAAGACUUCUUAGUUGAAUUACAUACAGAGAUUUUAAGCUGAUUAUCACUGUACACAAAAAGUAGAAAAUGGCAUUCUUCCCCAGUGUAUUUUUUGCAUGAAGAUCAAAUGUAAUAUACAUAUAUAAAAUCAUUUACCUACAUAUAUAGUUGUUUUGUUAUGUAUUG